UUUUUUUUUUUUUUUACUCCUCCUUCGUAAUAAAGUCGCCAUUUUGCUUCACUGCCUAUAUAAACCAUCCCGUAUUCUAAUAUUUUUCCUCAAGGAGUCGGGGACCUACCUAUCUUUCUUGGCUAUUUCUAAUAUUUCUGGAGUGUUUGACGAGAAGACAAGAGGGUGAAGAAGUGCCUCGUGGUAUACAUAUUAAUGCGGGAAAGGAGGAGGAGGAGGGGGGGCAAGGCAAUUGGAAACUAGGAAUAAGGUGAAAGUAUCCAGGAUUUCUUUUCAUGUACAGACGAAUUUAUAAUUUCUCUUCUCCUGCCCUGCUCUGCUUUUUCUUCCACCCUCGUCGUCGUCUGCAGAGGUGGGGGCACCGGACCACGGUGACGACUGUCCGCUUCCUUUCAGGCCCCCCAACCCCAGUCUGACCGGUCCUUGACGCACAGCAGGUGUGAUUGCCAUGUAACAUAACACUGGUGGAAAAACGCCCACUUUAGGUGCCUGUCUCCUGACCUCCCUCCUCCCUCACGUGGGUGACCCGGGGCCACCCGGCCCCUAGUGCUGGGUGACUGCCCGACAGUUCAGGCAUGGAGAGCCCAAGUGGCCCCAGGCUUGGGAAGCUGUCUUCGUCAGGGCUGCCAAGGGGCCGGACCCCCAAGCAUGGACAUCCCCAGGAGUCUGUCAGAAUCACGCCAGGCCCUGAAAACAACAGCAACAAACACAGUCCAGUGUGUGAUGAGCCAGCAGAGGGGAAGAGAAAAGGUCGUCCUAAAGCAGAAGUGCAGGAACUGAGAAGCAUCCCAGCCCAUAUGAUAGUACAAUGGAAGGAAGAGUUUAAGCGCCGCUCCAGGGUUAAGUGUCCGUGUUCAGGCUGCUGGUUAGAGUUUCCCAGCAUCUAUGGCGUCAAGUACCACUAUCAACGCUGCCAGGGGGCCACCGUAGCCGAGAAGCUGAGUCACAGCUGUCCCUACUGUGAGGCAGUGUUUGCCACAAAGGUGCGCCUGCAGAAGCACAAGCUGUGGAACCACCCAGACAGGGUUAAUAUGGAGCCCAAGGACGAGCAGGCAAAGCUUCAAAAGACCCCUGUCAAGUCCAACACCAAGAAAAGGCCCAUGGAGAACAGUCCCCCCUCUCCGGUGUUCUUCAAAGUGAAAAAGACCCAUGAAGUGUCCACACCCUCUCAGAACGGGGAGCUGGCCCACCAGAAGAGUGAGAGGAAACAGCACAGCCACAGCCAGCCUUCACAGCAAAUUCACCAGUCGCAGCCAGUCCAGCCUCAGUCCCAGCAGUCGCAGUCCCAAAGCACGUCGUCUGAUGCAGGCGGCAGUGAGAGCGAGGGGGGCAGCCUUCCUCCUCCUUUCCCUGACGAAGACCCCGAGCGAAUGAGACACAGACGGAAACAGAAAACGCCUAAGAAGUUUACUGGAGAGCAGCCUUCCAUAUCUGGAACAUUUGGACUGAAAGGUAUGACUAAGGUGGAGGAGAAGCUGAAGGCAGGUCGUGUAAAGAGAUCAGAUGGCAGUGGGUUCAGCGAAGAUCCCCAGAGAAGACCUACUCCAAGUCAGUCUUUAAAGAAAGACCCAGCCACAACCAGCUCUGGUGCUGUUCCUGACACUCAAUGGCAGCGGGCAAUCUCAGAGCGAGGUGAAGUGGUGUGUCCAACCUGCUCCAUCGUCACCAGGAAAACAAUCCAUGGCCUCAAGAAACACAUGGAGAUUUGCCAGAAGCUUCAGGACGCCCUGAAGUGCCAGCAGUGCCAGAAACAGUUCAGGUCCAAGGCCGGCCUCAACUACCACACCAUGGCUGAACACACCACCAAGCCCUCGGGGAGCGAAGGCCAGACGGGCGACAAGCACAAGGAGAGAGAAAGGCUGCGCCGAGUGCUCAAACAGAUGGGACGAAUCAAGUGUCCUAGUGAGCACUGUGGAAAAACCUACCGCUCCAAGGCUGGCAGAGACUACCAUGUGCGUACCGAACAUUCCUCGACUAUCACCACGACCAUGACAGCCACCACAAACAACAACAACAACAACAAGGACAGUAUCACUGACACCAACAACAACACCGGCAAAGAGAGGGUGGUCUCUGAGGAAUCUCCAUCAGUAGGAAAGAAGGAGCAAAGCCAGUCUGAGAAGAAGGAUUGGCAGGAGAAAGCACUGUCCAGCCAGCCUAAAGAGAAGGAGCGAGAAGCCAGGGACAAGGACAGGGAAAAGGAAAAGGAGAGGGAGCGAGACAAAGAGAAAGCAGCAGAGAAUAAAAGCCAGGGGGAUGACUUUGAACGGACCCCCAGUGGCAGAGUGAGGCGCCGGUCAGCUCAGGUGGCGGUGUUCCACCUGCAGGAGAUAGCAGAGGAUGAGCUGGCCAAAGACUGGGGUACCAAGCGCCGCAUUAAGGAUGACCUUGUGCCUGAUAGCAAGAGGUUAAACUACACCCGCCCCGGCCUUCCCAACUUCAGCCCAGAGCUACUAGAGACCUGGAAGAACCAAGUCAAGGAGAAGGGCUUCAUCUGCUGCACCAACGAAAACUGUGAAGCUGUCUAUUCCAGUGUGUCAGGACUAAAAGCCCACCUUGCCAACUGCAGCCAGGGUGGUGGAGAACUGGGCAAGUACACUUGUCUAAUCUGUCAGAAGGAGUUUAGCUCAGAGAGCGGUGUGAAGUACCACAUCAGCAAGACGCACUCACAGAACUGGUUUCGUGCAGCAGCCACUCAAGUGGUCUCUAGUAGCAAGAGUAAAGUACUGGAGAACAAUGGGAUCAAGGCUGAGGUGAGGAACGGUGCCACCACUGGUAAGAAGAGGGGCCGCAAGCCCAAAGAACGCCCACCUGUGGUUGUGCCUCUCCAAACAAAAACUGAAGCACCUACCACUACUCAAAACUCAACCCCUGCCGUGAGCCCUUCCUCGGGCCCAACACAGUCCCCUACCUUGAUCCCCGACCCAACGGACAGUGCUAAUUCAGGCCAAAACAGACAGCCCAUACCCUCCACCACCAGACGAAGCAAACCCAAGAGGCUGUCAUUGUCAGAGUAGCUCUGCUUUUGUUGACCCAGGAGCCAGAGAGAGGAUUCUUACUGUAAAUGUUAUGCCAGGAAGCUAAAAGACCUUUCUAACUCAACACAAGGACUUGGCACUGAGAAGAAAAUUGAAUCAACCAUUAAGAAGUAAAACAUUUAGUACAGACUUCACAUCUUGGUUUUGAAGCCCAGGAGUUAACAUGUCUACUGUUAUAAACAAUACUCAUGUAACAGUAGUGUUUUUAUUUCUCCAUUCCACUUUUGUCUCCCUUUUAAGGCACACAGUUCAGUUUCUGUACUCACAGCAGGGGUGUCAGUAGUAAUCGAAGAUAAAAUCCUGACGGACAGCAUUUUCUAAACAGAGGUAGUAUUCCAAACAAAUGCAGAUUAAUUCUCUCUACAAGAUUCAUGUUGUGUUUGAGAGGUUUUAAAAAGGAUAUUCUAUUAGCAUGGUGAAGUCAUUUAAUGAUAGCUAGUGUUUUCACUUUUUUUUUCACAGAUAUACUGUACUGUGUACAUAAACAAUAUCUAUAUCUAUAUAUCUAUAUACUCAAAGCAAUGAUGCCAUCUGUCAUUUUCAAGCCUGACACGUCCAAUUGGAUCAUGAGCAAUCAGACUUUUUUGCAGUGUGUGCUGUAGUGCAAUGUUGUUUUGAACUUGAUUUUUUAAUUUUACUUUUGUUUUUGUUUUUUUGUUUUUUGUUUUUUACUUUUAAUGUUUCAAGUAAGCAAAUGUCAUAUAAGCUAAAAUGUUGGUCAGUCGUUUAUCAUAUUCCACUCUGUUUUUCCUCCAGCUAUGUGGCUAUCACUUCAGUGACAUUUGUCUUUAUUUUAUCUUAAUCACAUGAGGACGAAAGGUGUCUGCUUUGACAACCACAAUUAAGUGUCAAUAGACUUUCCACAGUUCUUUUACACUGAAGUUGAUCAGCAGAAUACCACAAAAAAAGUGAUUGUUUGAGAUUUCCAUCUGUAAGGUAUAAGUUAGUUAGAAUAACACUUGACAUGGCAUUGUUUAAUUGAUUUUAAACAAAAAAAAACAAAAAAACUUGAAGCAUUCUGUCUAAAAAAUGACUGGUAAGGCUAAAUGUUGGACAGAAGGAUGAAUUUUGUGUGAAGCUUGUUGCACCAUUGCAGCACAAUCAAAUGAUGUGACACCAUUUUAAAGGAGGCCAUAUUUUGGCUACUGCUUUAGCUUGAAUCAAAGAGCUGAGGAGAGAAUAAAAAUACUAUCUUUUAUAGAGAGGUUGAGGAAAAUAAUCUUUUAUUAAAAAGAAAAAAAAUUGCAAAUGAAGAUUCACUUAUAAUGUAUAUGAAUUAAUUCCUGGAUGCUCAAAGUUAUUGCCUUGCACUUUAACCCUUAACCCUUCUCGCUCCUCUCUUGUAUUUUUGCACUCCAGGGGUAUUCAACCUAACCUAGUGGCUGUCAGGCAACAGGAGCGGGAAUAUUUUACUCUGAUGAAAAAUGAAACUAGAGAAAAACUAAAUUUGUCAUUACAUGGGUGAUGAGCAGCAUGGUUAACUCUUUCUAGAUAGUAUCCAACACGACCAUAGAAUUAUGACUCACCACAUAAAGCCAUAACUGGUCUUGUUGAAUUUUAAGGCUGCUCGAAUGUUAGUUUAGCUUCAGAUAAAAAUAAUAAUAAUAAAAAUAAUAAUCCAAUAUUAUUAAAUGACUUUCUAAAAUGUGUGCAAUCAGAGAAUAUUUUCACUUUAACAUGUUUAAAGUAGAUACUUGAAACCACAGUUAUAUUAACAAUUUGAACAAAUGAAAACUCCAUAAAUAUUUGAUUUAUAUUUGCAGUCUAUGUCCAUAAAAUAAUGACUAGCUUGCUUAAAAAAAAAAAGACAGAUCAUAAAUCUAUUUUAUAUUCUCUUGUGUGUAUUACCUAAAUAGCAAUCUGAUAGCUUUGGAUAAAGUUGUGAUGUGAGGAUAUUUUGGUGAGAUAAUAAGGGUGCUUUACUUGCCACUCUACCUUAAGGACUUAAUACAUCAGUCCAUUAAUCCAUCCUGCCAUUUUCUCCUUACUGGCAAGUCCUCUGAAUUUUUGCACCAACAAAUGUCAAUGUCAUCAUUUAAAUCAAGCACUGAUGUCAGCAGAACAUUUUCAAGAAACAUUAAAUUUGAAAUUUAUGUGUCCCAGGUGGUGUCAUCCCUACACCGUGACCUUUUAUAUUGUAAAGCAAAGAUUCAAGCUGAAUUCCUCUAUCAUUAAUCAGCUGAUGGAGAUUAUUCAGGUGGGGGGUGAUUAUGCAUGUGUCUGUCUCUGUUAGUGGGACCUUUAUCUUCUAUCCAGGUUAAACUGACGGAGUUAGAAGUUAGACAAGCACUGAUUGGUCCUCGGACCCUUUCGAUAUGAGUUGUCCAGACCUUGUGUGUGUGUGUGUACAAAACAGUUAGCACCUUUGUAAUGACUGGAUGUCAGAAAUGGUAACACUUUUCGUUGAGUGUUAUGCUAUGGCACAGAAUCAGUUCAUCAGCUGCUUGUUACUCGUUUCAUUAAUAACGUCACAUUGACUGUGUUUACCUGACAAGCUUUGGUGUUGCAAUAUGAUAGUUAGGCACUGCUUUUAACAGUGGGUAUUUUAUAUUUUAUCACACCCUUUACUAUCUGUCUUCCUAUGAUGUGGAAAACACAUAUCUAUCCCGCAGUGUGAGCUAACUGCAACAUGUUUAGAGAGUACAGCAAUACACCAUAUUUAGCUGGUUUUGUUGGCUUGCUGAUAUUUUGAUAUUGAUGUGUCUUCUCAAAAUUGUAUGGCUUUUUUCACUCCCCUACUUUUAUUUGUUUGCUUUGAAAAUGCUUUUUACAUAUUAUGAAAUCUUUAAAAAAAAAAAAAAGGUUGAAAAAAUUUGUAGACCACAAAGAACAUUGUAGGCCUAUGUGUCGGCAUACACUGUUUAUUUUAUCCAUUUUGAUGAUGCACAUAAAUUGAGCUUUUUCAGUACACGAUGACAAACACAAUGAGAGAGUCCUUUAUUAUUACCUAUUCAAUAUGGGACAACAAGGCAUAUGUAUGUGUGUUUGUUUCUGUAUUUAGUGCACUUACUAUACCAUGAAAUAGGCUUGAAAUAGGAGUGUUGUUGGAGCUUUCUAGUUACCCUGACUGUGUGUGGUGUGACUUUUGUACCUGGGGAAACAGCAGGCUCAAGUGUCUUCCCUUUGUCAGCAAUGUUAUUUCCAAAACCAAGGUUUAUCCUUAGAAAUCCCCUUAGACAGUCUGAGAAUUUUUGCCCUUUUAUUUGGACAACAGUGGUUCGUUUUGUAUGCUACCUACUUCAAAAGCAGGAAAUGGCAUCUGCCUCUGUUAAUGGGGCCAUUGUGAUCAAACUGUUGAGAGUUUUAACAGAUGAUGUUGUAGCUCAUAACUGGUUAUGAUAUAUAGGUAACAGGUGAAAUGAGACUAAUGAUGUAUUAAAGAUUUCCAUAUCUGAAAUUAAGCUGUAUAGAACCUAACACAGGAGGCAUCAACACCUCCUUUGAGUCUGUUCUCCCAAACUUGUUGUAUUACCUGUGCAUUAGUAUCCCUCAACUAAUUAAUAAAAGUUUGUUGACUAAA